AGAAGAAACGCGAAGAAUUUCAACGAAAACAAAUUCAAGACGCUCUUAAUCAACAAACAUAUCCACAAUUUAAAGCUUACGCUGAACAGCAAUAUAAAGACAAUCGACAAGCGCAAGACGAUUUAAUUCGUCAAUUACAAGACCAACAUUUUCAACAGUAUAUGCAACAAGUUUAUCAACAGCAAUUAAAUUAUCAACAGCAACAUCGAACAAAAUCAGAUAUGGAACAACAAUCAGCACCACUUUCAUCUCUCAAUCAAAUGCCAACUCUUGGUCCUGCGCCUACACAACUUCCGCCUAUUGUUCAUCCACCACCUUUAUCGACAACUAACGGUAGUAUUUCUACUGAAGAACCUAAAAUUGAACAAUCUAGUCCUAUUCAUACGCAAUUCGAAUCUCUUAAUCUCAAUACACCAUUGCAAUCAUCUGCUAAUAUUGAUCUAUCUCAACAACAAUUUCGUUCAGUUCAGAUCAAUAAUGAAAUGGAUGGUAACCAAGAUUUAAUUGAUGGUAAUGAUACAGAUCUUAAUCCAAAUAAUGAUCUAACAUUAUCAAAUGAUGAUGGUACACGUGAAUAUCCAACAAUAUCACCAGCUAAUAUGUGGACACGUAAAGAUCUUAAAGAAUUUAAAGAUGCUGUACGUAAAGAAAAAGAUGCUGUUAUUAAAAUUGGUAGUGGUGAAACUGUGACCGUACGAGUACCAACACAUGAAGAUGGUCGUUGUAUAUUUUGGGAAUUUGCAACUGAUUAUUAUGAUAUAGGUUUUGGUCUUUACUUUGAAUGGAGUAAAGUUCAAUCAAAUACCGUAACCGUUCAUGUAAGUGAUUCAAGUGAAGAUGAAGAAGAAGGUGAAGAUGGAGGUAAUUCGGAAAAAAAAGAUAUUGAAAAAGGUUCACAAACUAGUAAUAAACCACCAAAACCAUAUCAAGAUGAAAUUGUUCCAAUAUUUCGACGUGAAUCACAUGAAGAAAUCUAUGCUGGUAGUCAUCCAUAUCCUGGACAUGGUGUUUAUUUACUUAAAUUUGAUAAUAGUUAUUCAUUAUGGCGUUCAAAAACACUUUAUUAUCGUGUUUAUUAUUCAAGAUAA